CGACGGAGGGACGAGGCGGCUGCUUCAGCGUCUGCCUGGCUGGGCGCUGGUUGGUCUUCCGUCCAACCGGUCUCUCGCUCGCCUCCCAUCGGGAUGUCCGGGACCAGCUAACUGAAGGGGGCGGCGAUCCUGUCUCUUUCCAGACAGAAGAGAAGCGAAGGAGGGAGACCGAGCGGGCGAGCGAUCAAGCGCUUGAAGUUCGCCAGGCCAGCCUUUGCUGGGAGCGCGUCUGGUUUGAGUUUGCCCCGCAGGCUGCUCCCGCGGAAGCAGCUCCAGGCGGAGUAGGGGGGGGCGACCCGGGACCGCCGGCCUCGCUCCCUCUUUUCGGAAGCGCCAGCACCGCUCCGCGGGUGGAGAAGCUCCCCGGGGGCCGCCGCUGCCGCCGCCGCCCGCACGGACCAGCUGGCCCGCCAGUCCUUUUUCUCCCGGGGCUGCCUCUCCUGCCAAGAUCCCCCACGGAGCGAAGUCGCCUUCCAAAAUGACCCUCUGGGGCCUUUGAGGCGCAUCCCUGCGCUUCCCGAGCGUGGAGGAAAACCAAGCAGGAACUAGAAGAAGCAGAAGGGGCUACCUGCCUACCUAGAAGAUUAGCUCAGCUAAUAUAUCCCAUCCCCGGAAACGAAGAAGCCUUCCUUUCUGGGGCGAGGGGAGAUGAUCAUGCGGAGCUGGAACACGUUCUCCUCCUCUUCCCGCCCUCUCCUCUUCCUAGCCGCGGUCCUAGUAGUCGAGAGCUCGCAGCUAGACGGCACUAAGGUCAACUCCAUCAAGUCCACCCUGAUGGGCGAGACGCCGACGCAGGCGACGACCAACAGGUCGACCACCUUCCACCAAGGACUGGCUCUCGGGAGCAGCAAGAAGGGCAAAGUCUUGGGCCAGGCGGGCAAAGGGCUGAAGCAUUAUCACCGGCAAGGCGAGGCUUACCCUUGCACCAAUGACAAGGAGUGUGAAGUUGGCAAAUACUGCCAUAGUCCCCAUCAAGCAACAUCUGCCUGCAUGAUUUGUAGGAGGAAAAAGAGACGUUGCCACAGAGAUGGCAUGUGCUGUCCUGGGAACCGCUGCAACAAUGGUAUUUGUAUACCAGUGACUGAGAGCAUUCUCACACCCCACAUCCCAGCCCUAGAGGUUCCUCGCAACAAGAAAAAUAAUCACUAUCCUACCAAGGACUUGGGCUGGCAGAAUCUAGGGAAAGGACAGUCCAAGCUGACACACAUAAAAGGCCACGAAGGAGACUCCUGCUUAAGGUCCUCUGACUGCACCGAGGGCUUUUGUUGUGCUCGCCAUUUCUGGACCAAAAUUUGUAAGCCGGUCUUGCACCAGGGGGAAGUGUGCACCAAACAGCGCAAGAAAGGAUCCCAUGGCUUGGAGAUUUUCCAGAGGUGCGACUGUGCCAAAGGGCUGUCCUGCAAAAUCUGGAAAGAUGCCACCUACUCUUCAAAAGCAAGGCUUCAUGUGUGCCAGAAAAUCUGAUGGACUGGGAGACUGUCGUUAACAGGGGGUGAAGAUCCAGCAUACUGUACACAUUGCAACAUGGUUGCAAGGACUGUAAAUAAGAACCAAAUGGUCCACGUGUCCAUUGUGGUGGGAAGAGGCAUCAUCUCAUCUUAAAAUUAUAUUUCUGCCCUGGAGGUGAAUAUGAUGGCAGCUGGCCUUUUCAUUUGUGUCUUGGUGUCAUUCUGCCAAUGCUGCCAAACGUGUGGAAAAGCACACUACCAAUGACAUUUGACAUUUAACCCAUGCUCUGUGUAUGGCCUUGUGACUUCUCCACAUUAGUUGUGGUUAGGAUCCCCACACAAACAUGAUUGUACAGUAGUGCUAUAUGACAUAUUUACAACACAAAGCAGUGCUUUGCCAAAAGACAUUUCUAUCAACAUCUUCUUGGAUACUGAACAACAACAACAACAAAUCUUACUAAAUUGAAGCUAUGAGAGGCCAAGGGAAAAGUUACUGUGUAUGUCUUUGCCUUUUAACAUUACCCUUUAACAAUUCAAGGCUUUCACUGGAAUAAGAAAUGUUCUCCUGCCAAACACGUUUUAUAUCUGGUGGGCUGCAGAGCAAAUGAGAAAAUCUCACUUGUAUAGUGAUUUCACACACCCACACCAGAAGUUGCCUUGAACAGAGGCAAUGAAGCAGGGAUGAUGGUCUCGUUUCCUGUAUCGAUAAGCUUUUGGACUACAAUACUCUAGUGAUUUCAUCUUAAUUUACCAUACCCACUGGCUUCUGUUUGUCUCCGUUUACGGCUAGCACACAUGAGGCUAACAGAUAAAAGCAAACUGUCCAUGAAUGCAUCCUGAAUAGAAUGGUAUGCUGAGCUGCUAGUUAUAAAUAUUGGGGAAUUGAGGGUUGUAUUGUGAACUCUUUUUCAGCCUUGCCUCUAGAGGAGGUCUCCAGUAUCCAUUGACUACUAGAUAACAGCAUCAACAGGAUAUUCAAUGCAGAUGUUCUGCGGUUUGGAGACACUAAAACGGAAGUGUCAUAUGCCAGCAGCAAGAGGAAAAAAAUGAAAAGAAAACAAGGUGGACAUGGAGACAUGAUCUGUGAUUAAGAAAUGAUAUCACACAAUAAAAUAUAACAACUCUGACUGGCAAAUGUUUGGAAUGUGGAUAGUAUCACCUGCUACUGGAUUCCUAUCAACUGUAGUGGAUAACAGUGUUCGCUAUCACCACAGCAGUAUUAAUGGACUGACAAGAAAUGAAUGAUGACUUCUGUUCGAUCGUUUCCCAUCCCCCUCCUAGCACUCUUGCAUUUUCUCUUACUAUACUCACUUAUUUUUCAAAUGUGGUAUUUGUGUAAGUCUAAGCCUUGAAGAAAUAAAGGGGUAGGAACACUCUACGGGCAAUGUGGUUGACUGGAGGAGAGAAUAGAGUUCCUUUAACAAAAUGCUACUCUAUGGGCGAAUUCAGACUGCGUUUUUCCUGCUACAAUGUGCCAUUUGCAACCACAGUGUGAUCAUAUCCAUGUGGACAUGAAGCAUCUGAAGCGGUCUAACAAAAAUGGGUUCUGUGGCUAACAUGCUUUCCACAAGCCAUAUUUUCCUGGCUUUCUGAAGCCGCCUUAUGACAGUGUGUCAUGAAAAUUAUGGUCUAUUUGUAACUAAUAUCUGUAAAUCAAAAUCUCUCAGUAAACACAAGCCUUGUGCUACAUUUUCUCUAUCUCUAUUUUUUAAAAAAAGUAAUUCACAUAUAUCUGAAAAUAAGGAGAAUGGUUUAUCAUGUUAUUAUCAAACCACAGGGUUGGAAGGUGCCUAAAAUCUAUCUAGGGGCAUUUGCCUGCACUACAAAUGGAAACUGGCUUUGAUCCAAUCCAAUUGUCAUGGCCUCUUCACUAAGUGUAAUUUAGUGAGGAUGCUGAGAAUUAUUUAGUCUCCACUUCAGUAGUCUUUGAUGGAAUUCAGAGAAAGCUAUGACAAUGAAAUAGUUUAAGAGCAUAGUGCAUAUAUUUUCUCAUUCCAGCCCUUUGAUCUCAGGCCUCAGUAUCAACACCAAUACACAAUGUUCAACAACUUUAGGACAAUAUACAUGAUCUUGCGCAGGGUUGGGGAAUCUAUGACCCUCUUGAUGCUGUUGGACUAUAACUCUCCUCAUCCCUGACCAUUGGUCAUGCUGGCUGGGACUGAUGGAAGUUAAAUCCAACAAUGUUUAGAGGGCCAGCAACUCGGGGCAACUUUUGAGUGAGAAAACAGUAGUGAGGAAAUGAUUAACUGACUUCUCUCUAUACACACACAGACAUAACUUCAUUCAAAAUUUCAGCUUCCUAGUUGUGUUUUUCAAUGAAAAACAAGUCUUCAUAUCUAGCAUUAGUAUGCAAAAUGUAGUUUGCCCAUUGAUAACAACAUAUCAGAACCUGAGAGCAAAAGCAAACUGAUUUCAAUAUUAGGUCUGAUGCAUUGUCUAUGAUAAUCACAUUUUUCUAAAUAACAGUAUUAUACAGAGGACCUGUUUAAACUUUAAAAAGCAAAGGCUUGAUUCUGGAUCUCACUGGAUCUUAAGAGAUUAAGUACAGGAAGCUGUAAUUAGUUUACUUUAGUGCAGGAGUGGAAAACCUGUGAUCCUCCAGAUGUUGUUGGACUAUAGCAUGGAUUAGUUCUGACCAUUGGCCAUGAUGGCUUGGGCUGGAGGGCCCCAGUUUCCUCCCCACUCCUUCCAACUACAACAUCUGGAACUGCAUUGAGCAGGGGGUUGGACUUGAUGGCCUUAUAGGCCCCUUCCAACUCUACUAUUCUAUGCUAUGACCACAGUUUCCCUACCACUGACCUAAUGCAGGGGUUCCCAAACUGUGGUUCAUGGACCACCAGUGGUCUGUGAGCUUCAAUCAGGUUGUCCACGGCAUCUCUGUAAAAAAAUUAAAAUAAAAAUCACAGCACUUCGCACAGCACAUUGCAAUUGCUACAACAGACAGAAAUAUUAUCAACUGGUCUACCAAGCCCCUCAGAAAUAUUUAAGUGGUCCAUUAGGAAGAAAAGGUUUGGGAACCACUGCUCUAGUGCAAUGAAAACAGGACUAAAGCUGGAAAAGUGCAUCGUUUCAAUAGGACAUUUUCAUUUCUGACCACCCUUUAGGGAUGAAAGUACAUAUCUGAAAUCCUUUUGCCUCUGUGAGACUACAGGAAGGACUCCAUGUCCCACAGCACAGCUAAGACAUACAAAGUAAAUCUCCCACUCAUUUAAGCGUUAUCUGAUGGCUUCUGCAUGCCCUUCCCAUUAUUUUCCUGCAAGAUCUAGCAUUUGAAGUAAUUUAUUUACAGGAAACGUUUAA